UAUAAUUUAUAUGUUUAGUACGCCAAGUUAGUACGCUAGUCGCAUUCCUCUUUCGAGGUUAAACGCAGCGGAUUGGUGGAACUUAGUGACGUCAUCCUUGAGACCGCUCUUGAUAAUGUGGUAUUCAACAUGGCCGUGUAGUGUUGUGUGUGUCAGUUACUGUGCAUUAAUGGAUUAAAUAGUGAAAUAAUGCCUCGAAAACGGAAUGGUGAAAUACCCUUGCCUGAAGGAUGGGAUUUCGGACGGGACAAAGAUGGGAAAAUAUAUUUUAUAGACCACAUCUCUAAAAAAACUACGUGGAUAGAUCCGAGAGACAGAUAUACCAAACCACAGACAUUUGCUGAUUGCAUAGGAGAUGAGUUGCCCUUAGGGUGGGAAGAGGCAUUUGAUGCUCAAAUAGGCCCCUACUAUAUUAAUCACGUAAACCAAACAACACAACUAGAGGAUCCAAGGCAAGAAUGGCGCACAAUACAAGAAGCUAUGUUACGAGAAUACCUGCUAACUGCUCAAGACGUGCUAGAGGCAAAAAAAGAUAUUUAUCACAUAAAAUCUCAAAGAUUAUUACUUGCCCAGGAUGAGUAUAACCACUUGAAUAAUGCCUUAGCAUCUCUCACGACAUCCAGAACCAGCUUGUGUUCUUCAAGUAGUAGUAUUAGUACGAAGUAUGACCCAGAUCUUCUUAAGUCUGAUGUAGCUUUGGCAAAGAAUAGAGUUUCCAGGUUAAAAUCAGAACUGGAGCAAAUACGAAAUGAAAUGACUUACACUGAGAGAGGGGUUGAAACGUUAGCAAAUGUGGAGCAAAAAUUGAGUAUGCAAGAAGAGACGUAUUAUAAUAUAUCAGAAGCCCAGGCGAUCAUGUCAGAACUGAGGAAUAUACAGAAGUCUUUAUCGUCUGGAGAGAAGGAAAAGGCAGAACUUAUGCAAUCUUUGGCGAAACUAAAGGAUGAUUUGACAAGGCUCCAGCUAUCUGAAAGCUCACCGGAUGUUUCAACAUUGAAUCUACCGCAAGAAAAGUUGAGUACUGCUUCCCAGACAGAUCUCUCAUGUGAUUUGGUGCCCAUAGGCACUAAAUUGGCGGAGAUGGCUAAAAUGAGGUUGGAAUAUGACGAAGCAAGGAAGAAAGUUCAACACAUUCAACAAAAAUUAGCUGAUUUGGAAGAAAAGGUGCAACCCGGGCAAGUAGAAUCUGAUAAAGAUAGACUUCUGUUGUUCCAAGAGAAAGAACAACUUCUGAGAGAAUUAAGGAGUAUUACACCCCGUAUGAGGUCAAAGGAGGAGAUGAGUGACAUACAAAUGGAAUGCAUGAGGUUAGAACAAGACUUAAACAAAGCUCUCGAAAUGUCGAAUAGAGCCAUCGCCGACAGAUUAAAGUUACACGAAGAAAAGCAACUGCUACUUCAACAGUUAAAAGAUGCUUUGUGGCAAAUGACUCAGUUGGAAUCACAGUUAAAGACGUUAUCUGCAAGCACACUCUCUGUCAGUAGCAGUUCUAGUCUCGGGUCUUUAUCCACGACUAGCAGCAAAGGAUCGUUGAGUUCGGGACUGAGUUUUACCGACAUUUACGGUGGACCACAGUGCAGUGGAGUACCAACAGCGGAAAAAACUAUAGAUAUGGCUGAUCUGCACAGAAGGGUCGAAAGAUUGUUGAAGAGCAACGAUAAUACUCCACAUAUUCCGUCUCCUGGCAGGUCGCAACCUUCUUUGUCGCCAAGGAGUUCUCUGUCGUCGGUGUCACCACCGGUUUCCCCAAUGUACGAAAAUCUUCCCUGUAUGAUACCACCUCCAACAUACGAACAAGUAGAGAGAGAUAGAAUGUUACAGUCUGAUCAAAAACAAAUAGAAGAUAGGUUGGCAGAUGCGAGAAUUUCUAACCUUUCUGUUUAUAGCGGAAGCACCGAAUCUGUUCACAAUAUCAUCUCGCAGAGAACCUCCAUUCCAAGCUUGUCUCCCUUGACAGAUCUGUUCGAAGCGCAAGCCAGUAAUAUGUCGCAAGGGUCCGGUCUGGGAAGGCCGAGUAGAUAUUCGUACGAAAGCGCCAGCGAUCCUCCGUUGUCUCCUAUAUCGGAAACUCCUCCGCCCAUCGAUCACGACGAGAUGCUGCAAGGAACGGCACUGUCGAGAACUUCUUCCUCUGGUACGAACACGAGGUCAAUCUCGGCAGCCGUCAGCGACGAAUCUGUCGCUGGGGACUCGGGCGUUUUUGAGGCCUCGAACAGAAAGAGGCUAUCUAAUCUUUUCUCUCCAGAUUCGGACUCGGAGACAGCACAAGUACAAAUUAAACUGAAAUAUGUUCUGACUGAAAACGUGCUCAAUGUAACUAUAGAGAAAGCAAGGAAUUUAAGCGCGCUACUUGUUGCAGAAAAUUCAUAUGUAUAUAUAAAAACUGCAUUAUUGCCAGCAAAUCCUGCAUUUCCUUCUGUGUUCUGUACAAAAUUGGUAAAAGAUUUUAAAAAGGCAACUUUUGGUGAUAUUUUUAUUAUUCCUGUACCUGCAAAUAAAAUCUUUACGAAAACGUUACAAGUCAAUGUCUGGUGUAAAAGCGAAGACCAGCGGGAAAAGUGUGUGGGUUGCACACAAGUAAGUUUGGCUGACUUUAGUAUUCACAGUCUCUCGCAGAAAUGGUACAAUAUUCUAUGCCUACAAGAAGAAGUACAACUUAACACGGCACAUUCGAAACAGGAGUCCGAUUUAUCCCUCCGAGAGAAGUGCGAAAGUGACAUUUUAUACAAACAAGUGGGAAAAGAGGAGAGUUCCGAUGACUCUACAAUUAUAUCUUCUCAAACAUCAACGUUAACGAGAAACCAGGAAACCGUAUAUUCACCGCCGGCGAACCUUAAUUUCGAGGAAUUGUAUAAUUGUUUAAAGAAUACGGAGGCGUAUAGCAGCGAGGAUUCAGAGGAAGAGGCAGAGGAAUGCGAAGAACAGGGAAUUACCGUCGUCUACAGCUCAAAUGAUAAACUAGACGUUAUUUCAGAGAUAUGCAUCAAAGAGCUCUCCCUCUCCGAUAAACAAACGAACACCGAAUGCGCGUUUUACCCGGAGCAUGCCAAACAAAUGAAGUUACAAGCUCCAAACCCUCUGGACGAUCAUCAGGGUAUCAUUAAAAGAUCCCAAACUUUCUCGCCUACCGCGCACGUCUCCAAAACGAAGUACAUAUGCAAGCUAAACAGAAGCGACAGCGACAGUGCGAUGCCCUUAUACAGAAGGGGCAGUAAACCCUUCGAACGUCACGCCGUCGAGAGGAGGUCACUACGUUUCAGACGCCAGUCUGGCUCGGUGGUGAACCUCGCGAGCAAAUCCCAGACGCAUUUAUUCCCGACGGCCAGGACAUCGAUAGACUUAGAAUUAGAUCUGCAAGCUCAGCACACCAGAUUAGAGUUGCUAAAUUCGGAAUUGCAAAGAUUGAGAGAGUUGAAACAAAGACUGGAGACUGCCAAAGAACAGGGCGAUACGGAACUCGCGGCGUACCUAUUAGACGACCAGCAAUUCCAAAAUUUGAUAGCUCAAGCGGAGAACUGUAAGACGGUCAAAACGCCGGAGGAAAGGAAAGUGGAGAAAAUGCUUAGGAAGGUUUCCAAAGAGAUCUACAAAUUAAGAAAAUCCAAGGCAGGAAAUGGGAAACCUGACAUUAUUUCGUUUAAGGAAAAGAUGGCUUUCUUUACUAGAGUCAACACUAAUGUGCCUUUCUUGCCGAGCAACGAGUGCCAUUCGGAAAACGACACACAACAACACUUAAGUGAGGAAAAAAAUCAGUGUACAAAUAGUGAUAAUAGGAAGAGGGACGUCGGCAAGAACGGUGAGAUUGGGGAUAGUAAAAAUGAUUCUUCAAGUCGCUAUGAUUACGUUAAAGAUAGAGUGUUAGGAGUUGAAGUAUAAUAUUUAUUGAAUUCUAUAUACACAUACAUACGUGCUUUAGAAAAUUAGAAGAUAAUCUUCAAGAUAAUAGGGCAUAACUCUGAUAACUAAUAUAAGGUUUUUUUUAACUGAAAUGCGUGGUGCAAUUCAACAUUGGUGGAUUCUUUGGCGGUUAGACUUAGGGCGUUGAAAAAUGGAGAAAAUGGUCAUUCUUUCGAGUUGAGCAAGGGAACUUUUUUGAUAUUUUUCCUGAAAAUGGUACUAUUUAAAAACCAUUUAAAUUAGAUAAGGAAUAUUUAAAAAAAAUAU